GUCAGCUUUCCCAGUCUGCAGUUGUUGGUGGCUGCCCUGGAUGUCUCUUUAGCUUUUUUUAGUUUGUCCUGGUAUUUUAUUUAAAUUUGUGGCCUUCUAGAUGUUGCGCUGAGACUCCUUACCAAGGUCUUCUUCUGUCUCCUUCCCACCACCUGCAAUCUCCUGGAUUUAAAGGGGACCCCACACCCCCCUUUUUUGGGAAAGGUUUUUGGCUUCUUGAUUUUUGGUGGAUGGUCAGAACUCACCUAAACCAUGCCUGAAAAUGGACAAGAAACCAGCAGCACCCCUGCCAAGGAGUCACCAUUCUCCAUCAAAAGUCUCCUGACCUGCGAACCAACUAGGGCUAUCCGCCCCCCAAAGGCUCUAUUCACCCCAAUCAAGGGGACCCUGGAGGGGACGACCUUUGCCCUCUCCCCACUGACUGACCUCUCUUUCCCUCGAUUAGAGAUCCCAACCCAGAGAUUCACCUUACCUGCUCAUUACCUGGAGAGAUCCCCAGCCUGGUGGUACUCCUACACCCUGACACAUGGGGGCCACACACCCAGGACUGAAGGUACAUGGUGCAACUUUACUGAGAUCUCUCUUUUUUGGAGGGUGGAGGGGGUGAUGUAAGGUAGAGGUGUAGAAGUAAAAAAAAAUACCAUAGAGCACUUAAAAAAAAAAAGUCAGAAUUUAAGCUAUUUAAGAAGAUAUGUGUGGAAUGACACAGAGUGUAUAAUUUAAACUGUACAAACUCCACUAAUUCAGGAUCUAAAUAUAGAAGCAAAUAUAAUAAGACAGAAAGGGGGCCAUUUCAAUUAGCAAGUCACAUAUUAAUGCUAAAACAAGUGUAUUCACAGGGAACUGGGGGCAGGCUUUGCUGUGCUAUGAAACAGGAUCUGUGGUUGCAGUUAAAUGAACAGUUUCAUUGAUGCGAAGGUACAUAAUUAGAUACAUAGAUAGCACCAGUGAGUGAAAUCUAGUCUGGCUAUUCACAUACAGUUUACUGCCCACCUUCAUAUUAUUCUGAAUUAAAUCAGCUUGUGUCAGUUUUUGACACAUUUAGAAUAAAAUGUGUUCAAACUAAGAGUAAUACACAUAGAAACAUAAAGUCAGAAGAACAAUAAUGAGAGUGUUUAAAGUGUGCAAAAAAUACAAUAACAAUACAAUGUCGUCAGCCUGUGCCUUAGGGAAAUUUGUCAACCUUUCUCUAUGAUAUUUUUUCUGUCUUUGUUUAAUAUAACUCUCUAUAGUCCAGGUAUAUUUUGAGAGCAGGAUACAUUGUAUGUUGUUUUCUGCGUGUACUGGAAUUCUUUGGUCAUUUCAAUGAGAUACACCGAGGUUCUAAAGUGGUGAUGUCAUUGAUCUGGUGUUGUGGCUUUGGGGACCAUUGUCCUGAUAAUGUCUUUUUGAUGAGACUGAUGAUGAUGGUGGUAAUGAGGAAAGUGAUGCUUGAUAUUGUGACAGUGACUAACGACUCUUGUUUUUGGUUUCUUUUUUAGUGUCAGAGAAAAGCCUUCUUCUCGGCCCUUCCUCUCCUGUCUCUGGGGGUGAGAGGGACUCUCCAGAAUCCAUCAAACCAGACCUUGACGCCAAGGAGAGCGAUUCAAAGAGUCCAGAAGAGAUCAUUUUGGAAGAGAGUGAGCCUGAGGAUGGUAAGAAGGAGGAGAGUGGAGAGGACUGGAAGAAGCGAGAGGACAGUCCAGAAAAGAAGCCCUGCAGGAAGAAGAAGACCAGAACAGUGUUCUCCAGAAGUCAGGUCUUCCAGCUAGAGUCCACUUUUGACAUGAAGAGAUACCUGAGCAGCUCAGAGAGGGCAGGACUGGCAGCCUCUCUCCAUCUGACAGAGACUCAGGUCAAGAUCUGGUUCCAGAACAGGAGGAACAAGUGGAAGAGGCAACUGGCAGCAGAACUAGAAGCUGCCAACUUGAGCCAUGCAGCUGCUCAGAGAAUUGUGAGGGUCCCCAUCUUGUACCACGAAAACUCCUCCAGCGCAGAAAGUGGCAACUCUGCGCCCAAUGUGCCAGUCAGCCAACCCCUUCUGACUUUUCCUCACCCAGUGUAUUACUCCCAUCCUGUGGUCACAUCAGUCCCCCUGCUCAGACCUAUCUGAGAAUGCCCCAUCCCCAUGAUCAUUGCCACUGGGUCAAAAAUGAACUUGAUAGCCCUGAUCCAGAGGAGAAGGGACAAAAUGACCAAGUGACAAAGCUGCAGGACUCCUCCAAAGAGUAUGUAAGUACUGAAGGUGGAUGGACAUGAGCCUCAAACAGCACACUCCGGGCAAGGAAUCAGCAUGGUUGUUUAAGAAAAACAAAAAGAUUACAAUAAAAUACAUUUUUAAAAAUAUAUAUAUUGAAAAGGACUCCUGGCACCACAGAUUCUAGACUUACAUUUGAAAAAGUGAACAACACCA